CCAUUGGCUCUGCCUUUAAGCCGUGUCACUCUAAACGAGCUAAAUUCGAAUACUUCGCUCUCCGUUUGCGUCUAGAUUGGGCUGUCCAGUUUAUUGACGUGUAAUAAGGAGGCAGGGUGAGCGCGGUGAUUGGAUAGAGGUACAAGUUAGGCUGCGAGGCAGUGAGGGCCCGAUUGGGAGUGAGAAGCCGCGAGGUGCUCGUGGUAACACUGACCGACCAAACCGGAGAAGAUGAGGCGCGCGGCCGGGCUGCUGCUCCUUUUGCGGAUGCUCGCGCUGCUGCUGCCGGCGCACGGUGAAGGAGUGGAUAUUGCAGACAGGGUGAUAUGGGCGGUCAACGCCGGCGGGGAGGAACACAUUGACAGUCACGGCAUCCGUUAUAGGAAGGACCCACUGGAGGGCAAGGUCGGGAAGGCUUCUGACUAUGGCAUGCGGCUUCCCAUUCUGCGAUCUAAUCCUGAGGACCAGAUCCUGUAUCAAACUGAGCGUUACAAUGAGGAUACCUUUGGCUAUGACAUUCCUGUCCGUGAGGAGGGUGACUAUGUACUCGUGAUGAAAUAUGCUGAGGUGUACUUUGCCCAGUCUCAGCAGAAGGUCUUUGAUGUCCGUUUGAAUGGCCAUAUUGUGGUUAAAGACCUAGAUAUUUUUGAGAAGGUAGGCCACAGCACAGCCCAUGAUGAAAUUGUACCCUUCAGCAUCAAGAAAGGCAAGCUGAGUGUACAAGGUGAAGUGUCCACAUUUAAUGGCAAGCUGAGUGUAGAGUUUGUCAAGGGAUAUUAUGACAACCCCAAAGUGUGUGCCUUCUAUAUCCUGAAGGGAACACCUGAUGAUGUACCAAAACUCCAACCUCAUCCUGGUCUUGAGAAAAAAGAAGAAGAUGAAGAGGAAGAAGAAUAUGAAGAAAAUGGUGAGGUGAAGAGGGCUGCAGGCACAAAGCACCGUGUACAGUCUGGUCCACGCACACCAAAUCCUUACGCUACAGACAACAGCAGCCUCAUGUUUCCCAUAUUGGUGGCCUUUGGUGUCUUCAUCCCCACCCUCUUCUGUCUCUGUCGCUUGUGAGAUUGUGAGAGGGUGCAUAUAAUUGGACAGGGAAGAGUGCAAGAGACUUUGGGAAAUGACUGCUGGAAUUUAGAAGAAAACAAAAAAAAAAAUGCAGCAAAAGAUCCCAGAAAGACUUGCCUUGAAGCUCAAAGCUUGUUUGUGCCAGGGAGUGGGGUGGGUGGGGUACUGGGAAAAGAAGCAUUGUGUGCAUCAAUUUUUAUUUUUAUUUUUUCUUUCUCAUGAGUGAGAAGGGGAGUGGGUAUAUGCACAUGUAAGUUCCCUCUGAGUUUUGAAAAAGCAUGCUUUCUGUAUGCGUCACUGCAAACUGCUGAAGCAUUGUGCCUUAAAGACAGAACAGUGUGCUGUAGCAGUGGUCAGUGAUUGCCCAGAGUCUGCGUGCCAAAUAAAGAAGCAGUGGCAUGUGGCGUUUCUCUCCUGAGAGGUGAGUAGGAUUGAAGGUGUGGCCUUUGCCACAACACAACCCAUUGUUGUAUUUUUAUUUUAUUUUAUUUUAUUUUUUUUUAAAUGCUUGUAUAGCCAAUAUCACUGACAUGCAGUCAGACUUCCAUUGCCUUCCAUUUUGUCCACUUCUUGUCUCAUGCCAAAUCUCAUCAUUGUGUGCUUCUUCCUGGUUCUACAUUCUAACAGGUGGGUUUUAUUGGCAGCUUUCAGGCAUGCAUGCCAAGUACCUGUGAGCAUCUUGGAGGCUACUCUUCGGUAACAGUAAUCUGAACUUCUGGUUAAGGGUAUGGGGGGGUGUGUUAUGUUAGUAGGUAAGGGUUUUUUGGAUUAGUGUUUUGUGUUAUGGGUAUGCAAAGGUUAUUGCUGGUAUCUAGAUAAUUUAUCCAGCACAAGUUUUACAUUGAGCCUUUG